CACUUCCGCCCCGGCUGGCGCGGUGGCGCAGGGCACGACCCCGCCGUAGCGGGGCCGGGGCGGACCUCGCCUCACGCGGUAGCACUGCGGAAACGCGACUGAAAUCCGCCUUUGGGGUGGGGUUUUGGUGUCCUGCUCCUCUGGAAGCCGGUGGAUCGGUUGGUGUCGGCUGCGCUGUAGGCCUCAGCCCCAUGGAUCCUUUCCGGGCUCUGCUGAACUCUUUGUCUGCCAGUCUGUCGGACAUGGAGCUGCGCGACCUGAAGUUUCUGUGCCAGGACAAAAUUGGGAAAAGGAAGCUGGAGUCUGUCCACAGCGGCCGGGAGCUCUUCAGCUUUCUCAUGGAGCAGCAGCUGAUUGCAAGUCACAAUGUAGACUUGCUUAAAAGCAUGUUUGAGGUCAUUAAAAGGAAAGACUUGAUCUCACGGUUGGAGCAGUUCGUAGAGGAAGGAGAAGCCGUUCCUCCUGAUGAGCAACCUGACAUGAAUGAAAGACGUUUGCAGAAGGUAGUUAUCGAAGUCAUAUGUGAAAAUGUUGGGAGAGACUGGAAAAUGCUGAUACGAAAACUUGACCUUUCUGAUGUGAAAAUGGACAGAAUAAUCGCGGCCAAUCCACGUGAUCUACGGGAGCAAUUGUUUCAGUCGCUUCGAGAGUGGCAGAAAUGGAAGGGGAAAGAUGCUAAGGUGACUGAUCUAAUAAAGGCUCUUCGAGACUGUAAUAUGAAUUUGGUGGCAGACAUAGCUGAACAGAAGCUCUCGCAUCAGAACACAGCAACCAUUUGAAAUCAAGAUAAAAACACUUUCACCUCACAGAUACAAAUGAAGAAAGAAGCAGAAGUGCCUUCUGAUCAUCUGAACCCAAAUCACUGUCAUUGGUUCUGUUAAUUCUGCCAUUAAUUUAUGUGCCUUAAAAUUAAUACGUUAAUUUCAGGUCCAGUAACUAACAUAAUUACAAAUUCUUUUCAGGCAAUACUCUGUAUUUGGUGCUUCCUUUAAGAGAUUUUAACUUUUAGAAUAUCGAUACUCCACUUUGCAGAAAUUCUGAGACUUUAUUUUUGCCUCCCACCUGAAAAUAAGAUAUGUUUUAUUGCAGGUACCUUACAAGUGCCUUGUCUGUAAUUACAUCCAUGGGUCACUUCUGAGGGAACUGAAAAUUUCAUUAGGAAGUUGGAAUUUGAAUGUAUAUAUAUAUAUACACACUUUUUUUUUUUUUUAGUGAUCUGUUUGUAACUAGUGUGAAAGGGGGAAGGAGGCUGAACUCUUAGCUAUGCAGUGACUCUUCUCUUUGUUUUGAGUAGUGUAGGAUAAUAUCUUCCAUAAUUUUUUAAUACCUUUGCUGUCAGUAAAAGAAUACAAAGAACACUGUAACCUCAGUCUGUAAGAUGGCAGUACAGUAGGACUCAUAACUACUGUAGUGGGUUUUUUGGCAGAAAAUGUGCCUGGAUUGAAAACAAUCUUGUUAAAAUUAAUUAUCAAGUGCCUUUAUACACAGAAUCACAGGAUGGUUUAGGUUGGAGGGGACCUCUGGAGGUUAUGUGCUCCAACCACCCUGCUGAAGCACACCCACAUAGGGCAGGCUGCCCAGUACCAUGCCCAGGCAACAUUCCAAAGGAGAGAGACUGCAACUUUUGUGGGCAUCCUGUGCCAAUGCUCUGUCACCUGCACAGUACAGAAGUGCUUGCAGAUUCUUAGAUGGAAAACAUCAUUCUGAGAGCAGUGUUCUCCUGAAACUAUCAAAGAAAUUGUAUCUUACAGUUGUUCACAGCAGACUUCUUUUUCUCUGCCUUGAAUGUUUUAAGAUUUUCUAAAGGUAAUCAUCUCAUAAUCUGUAUCAGGGAGUCUGGUCAUGUCUGCUGGAUGCUGCAGCUCACCUCAUCAGUAAGCUAUAGUUAGUCAUCUGUGGUCUUGGUUUAAAAAAAUAAGCACGUGCUCUAAUAGAAACUUAGAAAGCAAAAUGGCUUCUUUUUAGUCGAGGAGUGUGAAAGCUUACGGAAAGAGUACUAACUUUCUCUGUAGUGAUAUCCUGUGAAGAUCAGAUAUCUUUUGCCAUUCUUGGUUCUCUUCAGAGGUCACUCCAGAAUCGGUAGUACUUCCAAGUUCUCUGCAAUUCUUUCUUUGUUCCCAUUCCUUUACACUUCUAGAAUGUGGCUGUAAGCAACUCACAGUUGAAGGAGCAUUUAUAAAUGAGACCGGACCUAAAAAUAAUACAGAUUUUAUGCCUAACGUAACACUGGAAGAAAACUGCACAUCCUUCAAGACACACAGGGCAGUGGAAGCCUCGGAGUUUUAUUCAUUAUGCCAGGGGGAAAAGUUCUCUGAAGUUAUUAUCGCUCAAACAAGUUGGAUUGUUACUGCAAACAUUCAUCUAACUACACAGAUUAUACCUGAAGAGGAAGGCUUCCCUUUUUUUGCUACUGUACCUGUGUGACUUGGCUUGGUUCUUGGUGCAUGGUGCCAUUACUGUGAAGACCAAGUGUCAGCCUAUAAUAUUACAUCACUACUCUGUAUAAAUGUUGUUACAGUCACAAUUUUCAAGUUUUUGUUGAAGUUGGUGCUUCUAGUUUAGAAGAUUGCCCUUGAAUACUUGAUUGUAGUUAAUGGAAACUGCUGUAAUGUGAACAUUUUAUUUGGGCUUUUCCUUUAAAAAAUGCUUGUGAUAAUCAUUUAAAUCAUAUGAGUGAUUAUAUACAGGCAAAGAACAAUGGGUAAUAUGAAAGUUUCAACUCUGGUUUUUGGCAGGUGCAGUUAACUUUAAGUACUUGCUCCGAUACUUUGUCAGCAUCAAUUGUCCAUUCCAAAGUUCUGGUAGGAGGUGAAACGCUGCGCUUCAGCACAAAAGUUUUAGAGAUAUUUUUAAUAGUGUUGAUCCCCAUUCUGCAGUAUUUGGAUUUUUUAAAUUUUUUUCUUUUUUUUACUUCAUGUAUUUUAAUGAUCUUUGUGAGCAGAGUGGAAAAGAAGUUAGCAAAAUGAUCUGUUUUUGUUGAAGGAGUCUGCAACAGUUCCAAGUUUAAUCUGUCCAGUAACAUGUUUUCCUUAUCUACUUGUCAUAAAUCUUCUGGUUUACAAAAGAUUACAUUUAUCGGGAAUAUUAAAAAGAAAUAUAUUGCCUACUGUAUAUAAUCAGGAUAUUUUUAGAAUUGUUAGGAAUUGCAGUAGUAGCCAAGUGUUGAUCUGCAAGAAAUCUCCUGCCUUAGAAAAUGUAAAACUUUAGGAUUUGUACGUAAUUUUAUACCAUGUGAUCUUGUGCGUAUUUCAUUAAAAAUAUUUCUUUAAAAGCAAA